CCGCGGUUGUGUAAGGCGGUGGCAGCGGCCACAUCCCCCGCUUCGCCGCGUGGGGUUCGGGGCUCGGCCGGGGCUCGGCGAUGGCCGGCCUGUGCGGGGACCGUGGCGCGCUGUCGGCGCACACGCUGCUCUUCGACCUGCCGCCCACGCUGCUGGGCGAGCUGUGCGGGAUCCUGGACAGCUGCGAUGGCCCGCUGGGCUGGCGUGGCCUGGCGGAGCAACUUUCGAACAGCUGGCUGGAUGUUCGUCACAUUGAAAAAUAUGUAGACCAAGGUAAAAGUGGAACAAGAGAAUUGCUGUGGUCCUGGGCACAGAAAAACAAGACCAUCGGCGACCUUUUACAGGUCCUCCAGAAGAUGGGACAUCAACGAGCUAUCCAUUUGAUCAUGAACCAUGGAGUAAGCACCAAUCCUUCAAAGAAAUGUCAGCAGGAGCCUCGGUUUCCCAAUGUAUCACCCAACGUAGAGCACGUGUGCAGACAAAACGACCCUGGACCUCUGGAACCAGUCAAUGUCACAGUGGAUAAUGUUCUUGUUCCUAAAGAUAAUGAAAAAGGAAUACCGCAUAAACCCCCCAUCAGCUUCCAGAGUGUCCUAGAAGCAACCCAGCGUUUCCAUAAAGACUUCCUAAUUGGAGAAGGGGAGAUAUUUGAAGUCUACAGAGCGGAGAUUCAAAACCAAACAUACGCUGUUAAAUUAUUUAAGCAGGAGAAAAACAUGCAGUUUAAGAAGCACUGGAAGAGAUUUUUAUCAGAACUGGAAGUUUUACUCCUGUUCCGUCAUCCCCACAUACUAGAGUUGGCUGCGUAUUUCAGCGAGGCUGAGAAAGUUUGUCUGGUUUAUCCAUAUAUGAGUAACGGGACGCUUUUCGACAGAUUGCAGUGCAUAAAUAACACAGCCCCACUUUCCUGGCACAUUCGAAUCAGUGUAUUGAUAGGACUAUCCAAAGCCGUCCGAUACCUGCACAACACUCAGCCGUGCUCAGUGAUCUGUGGCAACAUUUCCAGUGCAAACAUACUCUUGGAUGACCAGUUCCAACCCAAAUUAACUGAUUUUGCCAUGGCGCACUUCCGACCCCACCUAGAACAUCAGAGCUCUACCAUAAAUAUGACUGGCAGUGGCAGGAAACAUCUGUGGUACAUGCCAGAAGAAUACAUCAGACAGGGAAGACUUUCUGUCAAAACCGAUGUCUACAGCUUCGGAAUUGUGAUCAUGGAGGUUCUGACAGGGUGCAAAGUGGUGUUGGAUGAUCCCAAACACGUUCAACUGCGGAACCUCCUCAUGGAACUGAUGGAGAAGAGAGGCCUUGAUUCAUGCCUCUCAUUUCUAGACAGGAAACUACACCCUUGCCCUCGAAACUUCUCUGCCAAGCUCUUUUCUCUGGCAGGCCAGUGUGUGGCAACUCGGGCCAAGUUAAGACCUACAAUGGAUGAAGUCCUGAACACUCUGGAGAGCUCGCAGCCCAGCUUGUAUUUUGCAGAGGACCCUCCCACUUCACUGAAGUCCUUCAGGUGUCCUUCUCCUGUGUUCUUGGAUAAUGUCCGAAGUAUUCCAGUGGAAGAUGAUGAGAACCAGAAUAAUCACUCAGCACCACAUGAGGAAGCAGUGAGGGUAGACAGAGUGACUCCGAAAAUCCCUUUUGAAUGCAGCCAGUCUGAGGUUACCUUUCUGGGCUUGGACAGAAACACUGGGAAUAGGAGAAGUGAAGCCGCUUGCAACAUGCCCACUUCCUCUUCUGAGGAAUGUUGGCUCCCAGAGCUCGGAGCAUCAUCCCAGGACUUAAGGCCUACUGAGAUCAGUUUGGGUUCCUCUUGGGAAGUACCAGGCCAUUCUUAUGGGAACAAGCCAAUGGAGAAAAGGUGCUCCUCUGGACUCUUCUGCAGUGAGUAUGAACAGUCCAAAAAGCAGUGAAUUCACCAGAUGAUACAGGGGGGAAGAAAAGCAAAUGUCGCCGAGGGCACCGAGCAAAGGGUGUCACCAUGGAAGGACACAAGCUCCAUUCAGUAAGGCCAAGGGAGCUACUGAUGGUGAAUUUGAGUGGUACAGAUGAACAGCCAGCCAUUUCUGUACCUUUCUUCCCAUCCCCACAAACAGAACAACCUAAAGAAAUGCUUUAUUGGGGUGACUGCUUCUCAAACAAAUGCAAGCUAAAGUGGAGCCAUUCAGAGUUAUUCAAGAUUCUGGAUUCUGACCAUCAAAACCUAGCAAAGAGUAGCAGGAAUCUUAAGUCUCAAGUCUCUCCAUCAUCCUAGUGGGUCCUUGGUAUUGAUAAAUGGAGAAUCAGAACCACAUCCAAGAACCAGGUUCUUCUGUUGUCUGCCUUCAGCUACUCAGAAUCAGCAGCCAGUCAUCACCAGCUGCCAAAUGCAACACAUUUUUGUUCUCCCUCUGCCCAUGCACUAUAACCUGUAUAACACUCCCACCUCUGCCCUCAGUAGGGUGGGGGGUUUCAAGGCCUCGCCCUUUAUUUUCUGUCCUUGUUCAGAGGCAGCCUUUUGUAUACCCUGACCCCCUAUAAAUCUUUUACAUGAGGUGUGUUGCAUGGAGUGUGUGUGUGUAGGGGUGGGGUACGUGGGGAUAUGAGACCCUUAUACUCAGUGCCAUUCUUUCUACUAGGGACAGUCCAUUGGAUUCCAUUGGCUUCCCUUGGUCAGACAAAAUGUUGACCAAAUGGAAAGGUUGUAGGAAAUGUCUAAUUUGUAAAUGGUAAUGAGUGCCUUUUGAGCAAAUUGUCUUUUUAUGGUGAUUGUGUGAUUGGCAGUUGCUACUCUUCUGUUCAUCAAUGGUUAACCUGUCUGUCUGGAAGUGAGCCAGUUCGUCUUUUGAAGGCGUGUUCUGUGUCGAGAGGGAAUUCUUGUCUGAAAUCCGAGUCUCUGUGUUUAAAAUCUUAGA